AUGGCACCUAUCAUUCAUUGCGUCCGCCACGCUCAGGGUCUGCACAACCUCUGCACUGAGAACCAUGUCAUUCAGGAUCCCCUCCUCACAGACCUCGGCCACGAGCAAUGCCGCAAGCUGCGCGAGAGCUUCCCCCGCCACGCCAACAUCGACCUGGUGACUGCCUCACCGCUUCGCCGUACCCUCUAUACCGCACUUGAAAGCUUCACGCCCGUUUUCGAGGCAAAGCCUGAUCUGAAAAUUAUCGCCCUUCCCGAUAUCCAGGAGACUUCGGACGUUGCGUGCGAUACUGGAAGCGACCCUUCUGUUCUGAAGGAGGAGUUCACAUCGGGUGUUGAUUUGGAUCUCGUGCGGGAUGGGUGGAAUAACAAGCAAACCGGUCCUUACGUACCAACCAACAAGGCGCUCAAGGAGCGCGCUCGCGCAGCCCGCCGGUGGCUGAAAGCCCGCCCGGAGAAGGAAAUUGUCAUGGUUACCCACGGUGGCUUUUUGCACUACUUCACCGAAGAUUGGGAGGACAGCAGCCAGUUCCAAGGCACCGGCUGGAUCAACACCGAAUACCGCACAUACAAGUUCUCCGAUGAGACACACACAGACGAUCUAGAGGGAUACACUUUGGAUGGUGAAAAUGCUUCCCUUGAGGAAACUGUUGACUCGCGGGAGCGCCGGGGCAAAAGCGGACCGAUGGCGAGCCGUGAGGAACAAAAGCUCCUCUAUAAGAAGGGUACUCAAGGCUGGGAUGACCAAGGUUUGCAGAUGAGUACUGCAGACCGGGAGGCUGCCAAGGUAUCCGAAGGCAAGGAAGUCAACGGUGUCCGAGUAUAG